UACAACCAGAGCUUGAGAUAUGGAAUGACUUGAACGGCAAAGUAGUGAUGGUCACCGGAGCAUCGUCGGGGCUCGGCCGUGAGCUUUGUCUCGAUCUUGCCAGAGCUGGAUGCAAAAUUAUCGCUGCCGCACGACGUACCGAUAGACUCCAAUCUCUAUGUGAUGAAAUAAAUCGACUCGAUUUCUUAACUUUGUCGUCGGUUUCUUCCUGCUCCCGAGCCUCCUCUGUGAUGGAGGUGGAGAUCUGCCGAGCAGUGGCUGUGACACUUGAUGUUAGCGCGGAUGGAAGAAGUAUCGAGAAUGACAUAAAAAAAGCUUGGGAUUCAUUUGGCUUCAUUGACACAUUAGUUAACAACGCUGGUAUGAGAGGGGCGGUAAAGUCUCCUCUAGAUUUGUCCGAGGAAGAAUGGGAUCAAACCAUGACAGCAAAUCUUAAGGGAGCGUGGUUGAUAUCGAAGUACGUAUCCAUGCACAUGCGUGAUGCCAAUCGAGGUGGAUCUAUCAUCAACAUUUCUUCUAUUAGUGGUCUUAAUAGAGCACUACAACGCGGUGCCCUUGCUUAUACUAUUUCAAAGGCAGGCUUAAACACUUUGACAAAGGUUAUGGCCAUGGAAUUAGGAUCUCACAAAAUUAAUGUGAAUUCUAUAUCGCUUGGACUCUUUAAAUCGGAAAUUACAAAAGAUCUCUUACAAAAAGAUUGGAUUAACAAGGUUGCAAUGACAAUGUCUCCUCUAAAAACCUUUGGAACUUUAGAGCCUGCACUAACAACAAUCGUUCGAUACUUGGUGCACGACUCUUCUAAUUACGUCUCAGGUAACAUUUUUAUUGUUGAUGCAGGCAUCUCUUUACCUGGUGUCCCACUUUGGUCAUCCCUUUGAAUAUCUUUACUUUUAAGUUGAUAUCAUUUAUAUGGAUGAAUAUACUUGGAAGUGUUAUACUCGAAAAAGUCUUUAGAUUAUA